CAGAGCAUCUGGAUGGUUGGUCUGAGAGAACCCACGUUCAUGCGAGCGAGAGUUUUGGUAGUCUGACUAAAGAACUAGAAAAAGAGAGAAUGCGCGGGAAAAGCCAAUGAAUACUUUGACGACCCUACGACUGCUGCACACUCUAAGGAUAUAAGGCUUGAUAGAUAAAAAAAAAAAAAAAAAAAAAACAACAACAUACGUAUUCAACUGAAAGGCAGGAAACUACCAUAAUUGUGGGAUCGAUAUAGUGUCAUCAUUGCCCGCGCCCUCUCAGGAACCUUAAGAAGCGUGAAACCUUCCUGCCAAGCCACAAGGAGCAGCACCUAAUCAGCUGCACAGAGAGCCGGGAUGUGGUCUGACAGUUCCCACUCGCAGACAUUCGGACACGCGCCCGCCAUGGACCGCCUCUGUCUGCACUCCAGACUCGGCUGCGUGCUAGCCGGAGGUCUUCACGGAGGAAGCCGCGCCGGAAUCGGACACUUGGCUCGCGUGCAGGAGCCGCCGGGUCUGCCGUCGGCUUCGGAAGUUUCGGCCGAGGCGGCGAUCUUCGUGGCGGUGAUCGUCGUCUUCUACGCCGCCAUCAUCGUCAUCCUCCUGGGCACCAACAUGCGUCGUCCGCGGUCGUCCUCGUCCUCGUCGUCCCGCCAGCGCCGCUCCCGCUCCCGCUCGAGGUCCCGCCACCGACACCAGCUCGUCCUCGACCCCAAGGACGGCUCCGUGACGACCCAGCACGCGCCCAAGAAGAAGCGGGAGAGCUCGGCCGCAGCCAUUCCCGGCGCCGAGAACGUGUGAACAAAGACGCUGAUUCCCGUUUCUUUCUCUUGUUUUCUUGCUCUUCCUGUCCUUUUGUCUUUUUUCCCCCCUUCGGCUUUUGCUUUUCGUAUUAUCAUUUUUUUUUCUCUUACCGCUUUUCCUGUUUCAUGUCCCCCUUUCGCUUUAUUUUGUAUUUCAUUAAUCGCUCCUUCCUGGUUAUUUAAUUUCUCCCGAACGAAAUUGUAUCCUUUGCCAAACCACCUGUCCUGCUCGUCCACUUGCCUCACCCUUAGUAUUCUUGUCUAUUCCUUCUAUCAUUUCCCUCCUCCGCUGCCUCGUCUCCGUGCCCGCCUCCCCAUUCCUUCCCUCCUUCUCUCAUCCUUUUCUCAUAUUCU